AAUUUAACUAACUUGAAACAAAAACUCCCUCAGAGUCGGAAACCCGUUGGCACCUAAGCACCUGAAGUAAAAAUGGCUUCGAUCACCAUGACAGCAUCAUUCCUCGGCACCACCAGCCUCACAAAAGGGUCUCCCAGAAUUGCCCACAGGAGACUCGUGGUUGCCAAUACUGCAAAAGGAGCUGAAGUGGAGAGUGUUAAGUUGAGCGGUGAGACCAAAAGAGAGUGCAACAAUCGCAGGAGGGAGCUGAUGUUUGCAGCUGCAGCUGCCGCAGUUUGCUCAGUUGCCGGGGUUGCAGCGGCAGGCGAGCCCAAACCUGGCACUCCAGAGGCCAGGAAGGUGUAUGCUCCUAUUUGUGUCACCAUGCCGACUGCUAAGAUCUGUCACAAGUGAGGCACUGCCGUAGUCUGGCUGUGGCAGUGCUGAAAACCAUGUAACUUGUUAGUGCUUGUAAUUUUUAUCUUGGGAGGUACUUGAAAUCUAAUUCAGUGCUUUAUUUUGCCCGAUGAUCGCAA